AUGAAGAAGGCGACGUUUCAGGUCGAGGAAGCUGCUGCAGAGAUUGCUAGGAAGCUAGAGAAACAGGAGAAGAAACGCUUGGAGAAGGAAAAGAAGCCACUGGCUGCAAUUGCUCUCACAUCUUCAGAAAACAGCAGUACUCCAGAAGAGUGUGAGGAGGCAAGUGAGAGACCCAAGAAGAAGAAAAAGCAAAAGCUCCAGGGGGUACCUCAGGGGAAUGGAAUGGAAGACCUGUCUGUCUCUUACUCCAAACCCAAGAAGAAAAAAUGCAAGGAGGAGCUCAUUAGUAGUGAGCUUGAAGAGACAGCUGGCAGCACAAUAAUCCCCAAGAGGAAGAAGUCUUUACUCAAAGAGGAACCAGUUAGCGAUCUUGAAGAGGCAACCAAAAGCAGGAGUGCCUCCCAGAAAAAGAAGAAACUCUCCAAGGAGAAGCCCAUCAGCAGUGGACUUUAA